AGAGCAGCCAAAACCGCCGGCCGAAGCGGCACCAGGAGCAGCCCGAGCGAGCCCUCCAAUCGUCGGAACCAGGUUUCUCCCCCCACCCCUUUUCUCGGCUCCAACAGGACUUUCUCUCCGCUCGCUCGGCCGCCCUUCUCCGGCUUCGCAAGCCAAGGAUUCCCUGCCCGGGGGCUGCAGAUCCUCCUCCUCCUCCUCCUCCUCAUCGGCGGCUCCAUGGCUCGGCUGGGCCCGAUGGGAUUGAUCGGCAUUCUGCUCGUUCUUCUGCCGCGGCCGCCGCCGAGCCUGGGUCAAGAGGAACCUUCUUGCGGGGACGCUUUCGACCUCUACUUCGUGCUGGACAAAUCAGGGAGCGUAAAAGACCACUGGACAGAAAUGUUGAAUUUGUGAAGCAGCUGACGGAAAGAUUUGUGAGCCCUCGAAUGAGAAUAUCCUUCAUCGUGUUUUCCAUGCAAGCAACUGUGAUUCUGCCACUAACACAAGAUAGGCAAAAAAUUCAGAGGGGUAUUGAAGAUUUACAGAAUGUUAAGCCAGGAGGUGAAACGUAUAUGCACGAAGGAUUACAAAAAGCCAAUGACCAGAUUGCAAAAGCACAAGGGUCCAGUAGUGUGAUCAUUGCCUUGACAGAUGGAAAAUUGGAAGGCUUGAUCCCACUGUAUGCGAAAAAAGAGGCAGAAAGUGCUAGGUCCAUGGGAGCUCGGGUUUACUGCGUUGGAGUCCUCAAUUUUAAUCAAGAGCAGCUGGAAAGCAUUGCGGAUUCAAAGGAUCAAGUCUUCCCAGUAAGAGAAGGAUUUCAAGCUCUCCGAGGAAUAAUUAAUUCGAUACUGAAGCAAUCGUGCACGGAAAUCUUAAAUCUGGAACCCUCAAGCGUUUGUGUAGGAGAGGAAUUUCAAGUUGUUCUAAGUGGAACAGGAUUCACGUUGGGUAGGACACCAGAGAGUGUCGUCUGCAGUUUUAUGGUGAAUGGAACAACCCUGAAUGUACAACCGGAAAAAGUGGAAUCUAAUUUCAUGCUCUGUCCGGCACCCGUUCUCCAUGAGGCUGGACAAACAAUGGAUGUGUUUGUCAGUUUGAACCAAGGGCAGUCGCUUAUUUCCAGCUCUUUAACCAUUACGGCAACAGAAUGUACCAAUGGCAUCGUGGCACUGAUCAUUAUCCUCAUUUUGUUACUGUUGAUGGGGAUUGCUGCUCUGUGGUGGUUUUGGCCCCUGUGUUGCAAAGUGGUUAUUAAGGAUCCUCCUCGACCCGUGCCUGCAGCUCCAAUAGAGGAGGAAGAAGAUCCUUUGCCUUCCAAAAAGUGGCCGACAGUGGAUGCUUCCUACUAUGGUGGACGAGGAGUUGGUGGGAUUAAAAGAAUGGAGGUUCGUUGGGGUGACAAAGGGUCAACUGAGGAAGGAGCUCGGCUAGAGAAAGCGAAAAACGCAGUGGUGACGCUCCCCGAGGAAGGAGAUGAACCAAUUCCGAACAGACCACCAAAACCAAGACCUACCUCAAUGCCCUCCCAGGAAAAAUGGUACACACCCAUUAAGGGUCGGCUGGAUGCCCUUUGGGCUUUGCUAAGGCGGCAGUACGACAGAGUGUCUUUGAUGCGACCGCAGCAAGGAGAUGAGGGCCGGUGCAUAAACUUCUCCAGAGUGCAGUCUCAGUAAAACAAGAAGAGGAGAAAAAAAAAUGAAAAGCCAUCAUUUUAUGAUGAUGAUGAUGAUGAUUAUAACCCAAUGAAGACAUUGAGUGAAGCACUUAUCAAGAGAUCCUCAGAAUGACUCUUCGCUCCGAGCUUGGACGUUUGGCUCUGCAAAAGUCAUCCAUUGCCACCUUAAGCUCUUCCACCUGCCAUUAUCUUUCAGCUUCUUGCUUCGUAGAGCGUUUCCUUACAGUAUUAUACACUCCGCAAGUGGCCAGAGGAAGAAUUUUGGCGUCGUGUGUCUUGUUUUCCACAGCACAGGAAACCAUGAACAAGUGCCUGACCAGGUUGGCCUUUUCUGAUGUUAGCACUCAAGACUUGAUGGGACUCUUCCCUGGAGGUGCUCUUCUUUUAGGGGCACGAGGACGGAACUUAUUAUUUAAAUAUGAAUGUAUUUACCCCAGGGAGGAGAGCAAAAUUCCCACCGGGCUGGGGGGAAAAAAACCCCCACACCACAGAAGGAGAGUUCAUUGCCCUACAGCGGUGUCAUCUCAUGGAAAUCUUUUGAGUCUCGGUCCACGUUCCCCCCCACUGCUCUCCCACCCGGUUAGAUUGUGCCUUACGGGAAACCUCUGACUUUAAAAUCUUGUCACUUUGACGCUGCGGAGUACACAUGUACGACCCAACGCAGUCGUGGCGCCUGGAGGUAUCGAGUGGCGAGCGAAACUUUUGCCCUCUGGUUUCUGAAGACACCUUUUCUUCUCGACGAUGCACCCGGGACUGGAAGUAAAAUUAAUAGAGCGUUAUUCUCCGGGAAGAACCGCCUGUAACCAAAGAUCUUGAGUGGAGAUCGAGAGCGCUCGGGCGUCGAGGAUUGUGCACUGCGCCUAAUUGUGUAUCUUCCCCUUUUCUGCACUUGGUGCUCAGUAGCGCAUAAAAACAUUGUCCUUUGUAAACAUACGUAGUAAUUCUGGGCUUAUGGAUUAUUGUAACAGGAUGGGGAGGGGAAAAAAUAAAGCCAGCCACCGCAAAGCUGGCAUCUCAGGGUCUUUUUUUCCCCCUUUUUCUUUCUCCCUCUCUUUCUCUCUUUCUCUCUUCCCUCUGCCUGAACCAUCGCCGAACCUCCAAGGGCUCUUCAACGUCACAAACCACCAACUCCCUUUGCACGAGAAUUUCAAAAUUUAAUUAAUAUAAUUAAAGGCAACAGCAAGCAGCAGCCUGUGAAGGUUUGGCUCAUCUUUUUUAUGCCUUCUGACAUUGAAUGACCUAUCCCUGUAAUGCGCAUUGCUCAGUUUUGAGGGGGCUACCAUGCUUUGGUGGAGAUUCAACAGUGGGACCAAGAGAAAGUGGGGGGAGGGGAGGGGAGUAGGCAAGACACUUCCUUUCCCCCUUCCCCCUCUCCAUUUCUACAACAAAUGUGUAGGGUGCCAGCCACCAUGAAACAUUUGACCAAGUAGGUAUUAUAAUUAUAUAUUUAUAUAUUUAUAACCUACCCCCCC